GAUCUACAUACAGAGUAGGAUCACGAUUGAGAUCGUACACGAUCUGAGCGCGCUUGGGACACGCAGGCACAGCAGUCGCGCAAGGCCGCCCAGCCUCAAGGCCUCACCGCGACACGCCCACUCCUCCUCCUCCUCUCCCUCUGUCUCUUCGUCCGCAGCAUGGCAAGCUUCCUGAACCCGCUCGGCAACGGUCAGUCCGGCUACAGCCGCCUCUCCCCCUCGCCCAGCGAGAAGACGCCUCGCACACGGGGCGUGUCUGCCAUGCACUUCAAGACCGCGACGACGGGUGUUGCAACGAAGAACAUGCGCAAUGAGCUCAACAGGCUCGUGAGCACAGUCUCGGAUUCCAAGACAAAGAAGAUGUUCGACACAGAAAUGCAGUCCUUCUUCUAUCUCUUCACUCGAUACCUGGCGGAGAAAGCGGAGAGCAAGGAGCUCGUCUGGGACAACAUCAGGUCUCCCGGCGCGGACCAGAUCGUGCCCUACGACCAGCUGCCCACUAACCCCGACCCCAAGAACCUCAACAAACUCGCGGUGCUCAAGGUCAACGGCGGCCUCGGCACGUCGAUGGGCAUGACGGGCGCCAAGUCCGCACUCGAAGUCAAGGAGGACAUGACCUUCCUCGACCUGACCGUGCGCCAGAUUGAGCACCUCAACACGGCGCACAAGGUAGACGUGCCGCUCAUCCUGAUGACGUCCUUCAACACGCACGAGGAUACGCUGCGCAUCAUCAAGAAGUACGCGAACCAGCAGCUGAGGAUCACGACGUUCAACCAGUCGCGCUAUCCGCGCAUCCUCAAGGAGGCCCUCACGCCCGCGCCGAAGCAUUCGGCGGACGACAAGAGCAAGUGGUACCCACCCGGCCACGGUGAUCUGUACAACGCUCUAUACCAGAGCGGUGUGCUCGAUCAGCUGCUGGGCGAGGGCAAGGAGUACCUCUUCGUCUCAAACUCGGACAACUUGGGUGCAGUGGUGGACGAGACCAUCCUGCAGCACAUGAUCGAAUCACAGUCGGAAUUCAUCAUGGAGGUCACUGACAAGACAAAGGCGGACGUCAAGGGCGGUACCCUCAUCGACUACGAAGGCAACAUCCAGCUGCUCGAGAUCGCGCAGGUGCCAUCGGAGCACGUCGAGGACUUCAAGUCCGUGCGGAAGUUCAAGAUCUUCAACACGAACAACCUCUGGGUCAACUUGAAGGCGCUCAAGCGUAUCAUGGAGGGCGAAGGCAUGGAGCUCGACAUCAUCAUCAACCCCAAGACGACCGACGACGGCGUUGCGGUCAUCCAGCUCGAGACCGCCGCCGGCGCAGCGAUCAAGCACUUCCGCAACGGGCAUGGCGUGAACGUUCCCCGCUCGCGCUUCUUGCCCGUGAAGUCGUGCUCGGACCUGCUUCUGAUUAAGAGCGACAUAUAUUCUCUUGAGCACGGGGAGCUCGUCCUGAACGAGAACAGGAUGUUCUCGACGACGCCUGUGAUCAAGCUGGGCGACCACUUCAAGAAGAUCGCUCAAUUCCAGAAGCGGUUUAAGAAGAUCCCGAAGAUCAUUGAGCUCGACCACUUGACGGUCACUGGGGAUGUCUACUUUGGGCGUAACGUCACGCUACGUGGGACUGUGAUCAUUGUUGCCAAUGAGGGUCAGCGCAUCGACAUUCCCGACGGUUGUGUGCUGGAAAACAGACUGCUCUCCGGAAACUUGACUAUGACUGAGCUCUAAGCAUCUACGACGGUAAUCCAUCACGGACCACCCUCAACACACGAGAUACCCCAGUUUGGACAGUCUUGCUCGCCUCUGCGGACAUUCACG